AUGAUGAUGCGCGCCCUGCUCGGCGGCAAGAAGAAGGCGAGCGACCCGCAGUACCAGGGCUGCCUCCACGUCUGGAAGAAGCUGGGCUGCUCCGAGAAGGACCUGCAGAGGCUGAAGAAGGUCUUCACGAAAGCGGACCGCGACGGGAGCGGGUCCCUGGACCUCUUCGAAUUCCUCAUGUACGCCGACCUCGACAAGACGCCCCUGAGCCGCAAGGUGUUCGAACUCUUCGACUACGACGACAGCCGCCAGAUGUCGUUCAAGGAAUUCGCGUUCGCGGUCUGGAACUUCAACACGCUCGACUACCCGGGCCUCGGGCGCUUCACGUUCCAGGUCUUCAAUUCGAAGGAGGGCGCGGGCAUCGACCAGGCGGGCAUCGGCCGCUUCUGCGAGGACGUCUUCGGCGAGGGCAUCGCGUCGGCCGUGCGGAGCAAGGUCGAGGACGACCUCCAGCGCCUGCGGCGCGCCGAGGGCGGCAAGAUCCUCUGCCCGGCCUGGGAGGGGUUCGUCGUCAAGGCGCAGAGCUCGUUGGACCCCCUCUUCCAGCUGCACCGGAAGCUCCAGAAGCGGACGCUCGGCGUGGCGAGCUGGGAGAAGCUCCAGCGGCAGCGGACCGCCAUGUUCGGCAAGCUCGAGUGGCCCGAGAUCUCCAAGAACAUGAAGGCGCUGGAGCUGCCGGAGAACGACCGGGAUAUUCAUCUUUACGAGGAGGAGUUCUGGAAUCUGGUCAAAGACGCGUACCAUACCUUCGAGCGCGACGGCGCGCUCAAGCUCUCCCAGACCACCCAGGCCCUCGAGUUCUUCGGCGCGGCCAUGAACCGCUGCCUCCGGGACCUCGGCGACGAGCACCCGACCUACGUCGACAUCUUGCUCGUGCAGGAAGAGAUCGAUCGUCUGAACGAAAAAAAGGUCCGCGCGAAGAAGCGCGACGGCAAGCUGUCCAGCGACGAGUGGGAGGCCUGCUUCCGCAAGGUCUGGGAGGCCAAGGAGGUGCGGCGCAAGAACCUCCAGGACGUCCACCCGCCCGCGAAGCACCGGAAGAGGAGGAGGAGAAAAAAGACCAAGGUCGCGGCGGCGGACAGGGACCGCGUCGACUUCGUCGUGCCGCCGCGGGCCCACGUGCCGCCGACGCGGCCCCAGUCCGCGCCGUCCAUCCGCGACCAGACGGCCUUCGAGACGCUCGUCAAGCAGGAGUGCGCGGCCAUCCAGCGCGAGCGCACGACGCGCCGCGUGACCUACGCGCACUGGUGCCGCCACGACGGCGACCGCUUCCACGUGGAAUCCGCCGAGGCCAAGGUGCCCGACGGCCGCAAGGCCGCGCCGGGGGGCAUGACCUUCUUCACGCCGUCGUCGAACGCGCGGACCGGGAAAUUGAACGAGGGCGCGGACGAGUACAAGCGCGACUACGUGGACGCGCCCCUCGGCCAGCGCUGGCGCCACGGCGCGAACCCCAGCGCGGAAAUCGACGUCCUGGGGGACCGGAACGCGCGGCGGCGGAGCCUCCUCGCGUCCGGCGCGUCCGCGGCCGGCGGCGCGUCCGUCCGCUCCGGGUCCGUCCACGCGGAGAGCCGCGCGGGCGCGAGCUCCUACUCGGACCCGAGCCUGCGCUGCGGCCGCGGCGGCGUCGAGAUGCGCUGGGACCUCACCGUGCGGACCAUGAGCUCCGGCGGCUCGUCCAAGACCGCGCGGUCGACGCGGCGGCCCCGGUCCGCGAGCGCGUCCUACGGCGCCGCGGGCUACCGCAUCGAGAAGCAGGGCUUCGUCGGCGCCGUCGACCACCGCCACCACCGCGCGAUGAUGUAA